AUGCUGAAUAUUUCCAACAGUCACCAAAUCGUGUAUGUAAGCUGUGGGGAUAAACAUACUGCAUUGCUUACUAGCGAUGGGGGAGUUUUCCUGUUUGGUGGUGGACGGUACGGCUGUCUGGGACAUGGUUCAAUCGUUGACCAGCACUACCCUAUGAAGAAUGUUUUUUUCAUGGGCUCGACGGUCACGCAGAUUUCUGCUAUUUGCUCUCAUGUCAUGGCUAAUUUUGAAUUAUUUGAAAGAAAUCGGGAACUCGAGGACUUGACUCCCGUUUUAUUUGUAAUUACCGUUUCCCGGGAUAACAUUGUCAUGGAUACUCUGAAAGCUCUGGUCCAGGCGUGCGACAACAUGGAAAUAUUCUGGCUCGUUGGGAUUCUCUGUGGAUUAUGCAUUUAUAACUGUGUUAUUGUCAAUUUGCCGCUCCCUCUCUUUCUUUACAAAAAACUGUUGGGUAGAUCUGUCGGCCUGCAGGAUCUCAGCGUCCUCUCUCCUUCAUUGGGCCGGAGAUCAUAUGUCGAGGCGUAUGUGGACUAUGUCCUCAAUAAAUCUGUCAAGGACACAUUUGGUAACUUCCAGAAAGGCUUUAUGGGUGUUAAACAUUUCGAACCCGUUGAAUUGGAGGCACUCAUUGUGGGUAAUCAAACGUUUGAUUUUAUGGAAUGGCAAUCAGUACAGUAA